GCAGUCACUCGACUACCGCGGACAAAACAGGUCGCAGGCCUCUCCGGAAAGAAGAAGACAGCCAUGUCGCUCUUCUGCCCGACAUGUGCCAACAUGUUACUCAUCGGCACCGAUGAUCGUGGGCUGUACAAGUGGGCUUGCAGCACGUGCCCAUACGAGUUUCCGAUUGCAAAGCAGAUGACCACGAGGGUGAAGCUCACCAGGAAGGACGUCGACGAUAUCAUGGGUGGGGACGAUGCAUGGAAGAAUGUCGACAAGACCGCAAUCGCUUGCCCCAAGUGCGACAAUCCCGAGGCAUUCUUCAUGCAGCUCCAGAUUCGGUCGGCCGAUGAGCCCAUGACUACGUUCUAUCGAUGCACCGAGAGGACCUGUGGCCAUCAAUGGCGAGAGGGGUAGCAAGUGUCACUCGCCAGAAGAGAGUACCGCAUCUCUGUCAACCCCUUCAGAAGAAAGCAAUCAUUGUACCACCACAUCUGUACACCUAGCUAACACACAUCAUCUUGUACUUCUACGCUCUUUUGUUCCGAUGGGCUUGACGUCUUGUGCUUGUUAACCUCAGCUCGAACAAUC